AAACUGUUAAACAGCAGUGUUGAACCUCAAAGUAUCAAGAUGAGCAAUUUCCCAAGAUUAGAAGUGUGCGCCCCGAAAAGGUUGAACUAAGCAUGAAAAUGUAACCAACGGAGAUUAGAAAAAGAGAGGAAAAAGAAAAUGUGAAAAGAAGGAGAGAAGAGAUGAGUAGCGACUAGCGACCACAACUGCCUCUGCCUGCACGCGUUCUGCUUCGAACGACUUUUGUCAAACACAUACCAUGCAGUUUCUCAAUCCUCUCUCUCACCAAUAAUCAAAUUUUAAACCCUCUCUCUCCACUCUGCUUUUUAGCCUCCUCCUCCUUUAUUCUGUGGCCAGUCAUGGAACUCUUGUUCUCUCCCGUGAUUGUGACCACUUCCCCCUAAAAUUAAAAUCCUUUUCACCAGAAUAAGCAAAACAGGAAAGAGAAAAAAGAAUAGUUAUUCCACAUGAUUUCACCUCCUCCUCCUAAUAAUCAUCAGGAAGAUUACGACAGCGUUAGUUUCAACGGCAACGGACAUGCGCUCUCCUCAGCAGCUCCGCAACGGUAACCGCUCACCGCAGGAGCAUCAUCAUCCACCGCGGUUCCACUCCACGGUGGCGGAGCACAAACUGCGUCGUUUCAACUCCCUCAUCCUCCUCUUCCGCCUCGUCUCCUUCUCCUUCUCCCUCGCCUCCUCCGUCUUCAUGCUCACCAACACUCACGACUCCGCAUCUCCUAAGUGGUACCACUAUGACACCUUCAGAUUCGUUCUAGCUGCAAAUGCGAUAGUGGCGGUUUACUCACUGCAUGACCAGGUGUUCGCAUACCUGCUAUUGUCGGCGAGUGCAGCGGGCACGUCGACGGUCAGGACACUGAAGGACGCGGGGGACGCGUGUACGGCCAGCAAUUCGUUCUGCGUGCAAUCGGACAUCGCGAUCGCGUUGGGCUACGGUGCGUUUGUGUUCUUGGGGUUCACUUCUCUGCUAUCGGGCUUCCGAGUCGUCUGUUUCAUAAUCAACGGUUCGCGUUUUCACCUGUGAGUUGUGCCAUGCCAUGCCAUGCCAUGCCGCGUGCAGCGAAGGGGGUUACCGGUCAGAGAAAAAGAGAAGGGAAUAUUUGGGUGGGGUCAGGUUUGGUCUGGUCUGAGUCUGAGGAGGGUGCUUCUUCCUCUUCUUUUUUCACUGUAGGCCAAACGCGCUACUGUGGAUAUGGACUGACAGGGUUCAAGUGUGAUCUUGAUUUUUGAGCCAUCUCAUGCUCUGCGUUCCCGUUACAUUCGAAUUUAAGUCUAUCGAUUUCAUAAAUUCAUUUUUUAAUUUUUAUUAGUGUUAAGUAGUAAAAUAUUCUUCAAUAUGUAAUUGCUUUUCUGAUAAAGAAGUGCUCCUUCUGCCAAUUUGGCACGCCAUUUCAUCCCCUUUCUAUUGUUAAUCCGUACACCUCAUAUUCACUUCCAA